AGGAGAUAACCAGAGACUGCGGACACAGUACAGGAGAAGGACCAGAGACUGCGGACAUAGUACAGGAGUUAACCAGAGACUGCGGACACAGUACAGGAGAUGACCAGAGACUGCGGACCUAGUACUGGAGAUGACCAGAGACUGCGGACCUAUUACAGGAGAUGACCAGAGACUGCGGACCUAGUACAGGAGAUGGACCAGAGACUGCGAACACAGUACAGGAGAUGACCAGAGACUGCAGACACAGUACAGGAGAUGGACCAGAGACUGCGGACACAGUACAGGAGAUGACCAGAGACUGCGGACAGUACAGGAGAUGGACCAGAGACUGCGGACACAGUACAGGAGAUGGACCAGAGACUGCGGACACAGUACAGGAGAUGGACCAGAGACUGCGGACACAGUACAGGAGAUGGACCAGAGACUGCGGACACAGUACAGGAGAUGGACCAGAGACUGCGGACACAGUACAG